GCUAGAUAUGUUUGGUUGGGAGUAUCAGAAGUUCUACGCUUUCUGUUUAGCUCACUUGUUCACAUAUCAGUCGUUCCCAGGGAAACUAGGCUUGGCAUACAUAGCUUCGUGGAGGAACACUGAUUUGGGUGGAAUGUGUUCUCCGGUGGCAUAUAAGGACGGUAGAAAAAUGGCAGCAAACACUGGACUCAGUACCUACCGUAAUCCUGAUGGAAGCCAAGCUCUCAUCCACAAAGCCACCAUCACUACAGCUCAUGGUCUGUCAAGCGUUUGUUUUAAUCCAUGA